CCCCUGCCCUGUGACCCCGCAGAGAACUACGAGCGUCUGGAGGCGGACAAGAAGAGGCAGGUGCUGAAGAAACGCCCGUGUGGCGGGGCCACCAUCCGCUUCCACUCCCUCAGCGUCCCCAUGGUGACUGAGGGCAGCCUGAAGGAGGAGACUGUUGAUGUGGAGGGCCUGGACCAGGAGCCACAGCCUCCAGUUGACCAGCCGCCCGCGGGCCGCUGCCUGCGUAACUUUGUCACCUUCAGCGACGAGGCGACGUUCGAGCGGUGUUUCCCGCGGAGCCGCCCGGCCCGGCCGCCGAUUCGCGAACUCUGCCCCGUCACCCACAAGCCGGCGCUCUACCGCGACCCCGUCACGGACAUCCCCUACGCUAGCACGCGCGCCUUCAAGAUCAUCCGCGAGGCCUACAAGAAGUACGUGUCCGCCCACGGCCUGCCGGGCACCGCCGUCGCCAACGCUACCGCCAACGCCGCCGCCGCCGGGCACGGAGCAGCCGCUGGCGCGCAGGACCAGGCCGCACGGAACCGGCAACGGAUCAUCAUCAAACAGGCCACAACUCCCACCUGAGGGGAGAGGGGAGGAGGGAAGGGGGACAAUGA